AUGUUCAAACCGAAGCAGCCAUACUUUGGGUUGAAAGGAGGAUGGCUUACUCUCUGGAUAACGAUUGCUUGCGCGACUGACAUGAGCUUGUUUGGAUACGAUCAAGGUGUCUUCAGUGGUGUGGUCAUCUCGAAAGAUUAUCUCAAUGUUCACAACCUCAAUGGACCUGACAAGACUGAUACCCUUGCAAUUGUGACGGCCAUCUAUGACAUCGGUUGUUUUCUUGGGGCUAUCGUAGCAUUCUGGAUUGGGGAGAAGAUUGGAAGGAAGAGGACCAUUUUCAUCGGGACAAGUAUCAUGGCCGUCGGUGCAGCGCUGCAAAUAUCUUCCUACAGCGUCGGACACAUGAUCGUUGGUCGCAUUGUCAGCGGUGUCGGGAAUGGUAUUAACACAGCCACAGCGCCUGUCUGGCAGACUGAGACGUCGCAGGCUAAGUGGCGAGGAAAGCUUGUGGUUCUCGAGAUGAUGAUGAAUAUUUUAGGUUUCAUGACAGUGAACUGGAUAAACUACGGCCUUUCAUUCGUCGGAGGGGCCAUUGCCUGGCGUCUUCCCUUGGCUCUCCAAUAUGUCUUCAUCUUCGUCCUAUGGGCAACUGUACCCUGGUUGCCGGAGUCCCCCAGGUGGCUCAUUGCCCACGGUCGUGAUGACGAAGCAAUCCCAAUUCUUGCCAGUCUCGAGAAUAAAUCGACUGAAGAUCCCUACGUCAAAGCCCAGUAUGAGGAGAUCCGCUUUGGCGUGGAGUAUGAACGCGAACAUGCGAUUCGAUGGCGAGACUUACUUCGGGGUCGCACUCAAGCCGGCACUAAAACGGUUCGACGACUCCUUCUGGGUGCUGGCACUCAGGCCAUGCAACAGUUUGGCGGCAUCAACAUUAUGUCCUAUUAUCUGCCAACGCUCUUGAUCUCAUCCGUCGACCUUAGUGACAGUAUGGCGCGCCUUAUUGCAGCUACCUCUGCCGUUGUCUAUCUCAUCGCAUCGGGGAUUGCGGCGCCUCUUGUCGAGCGGUACGGACGCAGGAUUAUGAUGAUGGUGUCGACUGCUAUACAGUUUUUCUGCUUCCUCCUCAUGACCAUUCUGCUCUACUUCGCCAACGAUCUAAAUAGACCUGAUCACCAGAUUUUCGGCAAGGCCUCCGUGGUAUGGUUCUUUAUCUACUAUAUUGGGUUCGGACUCGGCAUGCUCGGAAUACCCUGGCUAUACCCUACGGAGAUUAACUCCUUGCCGAUGCGGACGAAAGGUGCUGCUGUUGCUACGGCCACUAAUUGGAUUACAAAUUUCAUCGUCGUUGAAGUUACACCGCGCGGAUUGCAAAAUCUGGGGUGGAGGUUCUAUAUUGUCUGGACCGUCCUCAAUGCGGCAUUCAUGCCGAUCAUCUACUUCUUUUACCCAGAAACCGCCGACCGAACUUUAGAAGAUGUUGAUGCUUAUUAUCGCGAGAACCCCCCCCUUAUCGUCAUUGGCGAUAAAGACUCCAUCUCCCGGAAACGGCCGGCGAAGUUCGUUAAAAGGGAGGAGGCAGAUGUCGAAACAGCUACCCACUCAGAAGGUCCACUGGCGCGCACGGCUUACUCCUUGGAUUUGAAAGAAACCUAG